AUGGCAGAACCAGCGCCUGGCGUCGUCGCCCAAAGCACUCGCUUCGUGAAAGAACUUCUGACCGGCCAACAUGCGCUUUCCAAACUAAUUCCCGUCGCGCUCUGGCUCGCCGACGCGGUGGGCACAAGUCUGAUCAUUUGGAAGGUCCCAUAUACCGAGAUCGACUGGGUGGCAUACAUGCAACAGGUUUCACAAUUCAUCUCUGGCGAACGAGACUAUACCAAGAUCAAGGGCGACACGGGUCCCCUCGUGUAUCCGGCUGCGCAUGUCUACACUUUCACGGGACUGUAUCAUAUCACGGAUGAGGGCAAGGACAUCUUCCUCGCACAGCAGAUCUUCGGCGUGCUGCAAGUCACCAGAGAGUUGAUUACGAUAUGGUUUACUAACGUCGCUCAGGUGCCUCCGUACAUGUUCAUCUUCUUGAUCGCCUCGAAACGAUUGCACAGCCUUUUUGUCCUACGAUGCUUCAACGACUGUUUUGCCGUUUUCUUCCUGUGGCUCAGCAUCUUCUUCUUCCAGCGUCGAAACUGGACGUUUGGAUGCCUGGCUUAUACUUGGGGUCUUGGAACCAAGAUGUCGCUACUGCUCGUCCUCCCUGCUGUUGGUGUCCUUCUUUUGCUAGGCCGAGGUUUCUGGCCCGGUCUACGUCUCGCAUGGAUCAUGGCACAGGUGCAGUUCGUCAUUGGCCUUCCCUUUAUCAUGAACAACGGUCGUGGAUAUGCGGCUCGAGCCUUUGAGCUGUCGCGCGAGUUCAAGUUUGAAUGGACGGUUAACUGGCGCAUGUUGGGCGAGGAAGUUUUCCCCAGCAAGAAGUUUGCUCUAUUCCUGCUCGCGUGCCAUGUUACAGCACUCCUGGUUUUCAUUUCUCAGAGAUGGCUCCAGCCAACUGGGAGGCCUCUCUCUGCCUUGGUCCCUUCCUUCUUGCGACUCAAGUCCCCGUUCACUGUGCAGGAACAGCUUCGAAUCUCUAACUAUGUCACCCCCGAGUUUGUCAUGACGACAAUGCUCUCCGCCAACGUUAUUGGUCUCCUAUUCGCAAGAUCGCUCCACUACCAAUUCUAUGCCUAUCUCGCAUGGGCAUCACCCUACCUCCUCUGGCGUGCCACAGAGGAUCCCUUCAUUGUGCUGCUAAUCUGGGCAGCGCAGGAGUGGGCCUGGAACAUCUUCCCAAGCACCGACCUCAGCUCCCGCGUCGUCGUGGGUGCUAUGUUUGCGACAGUCGUGUUGGUGUAUCGGGGGACAGCCUGGUCUGCUGUUCCUCCUUCUCAGGCUAGGAACAUCGAAGCGAAGGACAAAUAG